CCAUCGGGACCACGAAUGGAAUUCAGUUUUCAACAUCGGCAAUCUCCGGAACGAGCUCGGCUCCCGGUCCUGGCCGUCAGCGCUCGGCUGUUUCCGGAAGCCUCCGCUUCUGCCGUGCCAGUGACGAUGGCGAGCGUCCAGGCCGCUGAGCAGCAGCGCCUUGUCCCCGAGGAGCGGCGGGGCGGGUGCUCGGGCACGGCGGGCAUCGGAGCCGAGAAUUACUCGGAGGCGAGCAGGCUAUCCAACGAGCUCGGCAUGAAGAUGGGGGUGAGCCUGGGCCUGCCUGGGGCCGAGAAGCAGCAGCAGGAGCAUCAGGGGCAAGAACCUGAGCAGGAUGCACAGGUUGGCGUGACCUCACAAAUGUCCAGCCUACAAGUGUCGGGUGGAGGGGACAAGAGUCAGACAGAAGGAGGCAGCAGGCCACAGAAUGCCAAACUGGUGACAGCGGAAACGGAAGAUGGUUCUGGAGAAGGUGUGGGAGAUCGACUGGAGCAGCUGACAGCACCUGUGGAUGAACAAUCACAGCAGCAUGCCCAGCUCAGCACGCCCUGCGAGGUGGCUAAGACUGCCCUUGCUGCUUAUCGGGUUCGCAAAGUCAGCAACGACUUUAUGAUCAUUCAGUCUGACCACGGAGGCCCAGAGAAGUUACCCCCUGAUCCACUGGAUGGUCCUGGCAGAGUUGUUCCCGUCAUCGACGCUGCUGCUACCUGGAUUUCCACAGAGCUUGAAGAAUUUAAGGAAAAGGUGAAGCGGGAAAAGACGGGAGUGAUGACGGUGCGGCGUGGGAACGUAGUCACUGUCCGGGUCCCCACCCACCCUGAGGGCACCUGCAUCUGUUGGGACUUUGCUACGGACACCUAUGACAUUGGCUUUGGGGUUUACUUUGAGUGGGGGCCCGUGACCGACACAGAGGUCACCGUGCUGGUCAGCGAGUCCAGUGAAGACGAGGAUGAUGAAGACCCAGAAGCACCCCCGAUCCACGGAGACAUCGAGAGGGGAACUAAAGACUUCGUCCGCUCUGACCUGGAAGAGAUCCUGCCUGUCUACCGAAAGGACAGUCACUUGGAGGUGCAGUCCGGCAGUCACAAGUACCCGGGCCAGGGAAUCUACCUCCUCAAAUUCGACAAUUCCUACUCCAUAUGGAGGCACAAAACCUUGUACUACCAGAUCAAUUACAGCUCGUAAAAAGGUGGUAGAGGGACGACAGCGUGGAGGAGCGCCUCUCCCACCUCUCCAGGGAUGCCUUUGCUCGGAGUUGGCUGCUUUGUUUUCUCCCUCUGACGAUUGUUUUCCUUUGCAAGGAUCUGACUUGGGCAAUCUGCAAACCUGCGUACCGUCCCCUGUCCCCAGCUCGUGUGUGGUUCACUGUUGGUUUGUUUUUCCCUACGCUAUUUAUGUGCUCCCGGUAGCACUGAAGUUUUAUAUAUAUAUAUAUGUAUAUUAUAUAGUAAAAUUUGAAGCUUUGCUUUGUAUUGUAUGCCACUUUAUACAUUUAGUGUCUGUAUUCUGUUCAAGCCGCAAGGAUGUUCACUGGUGCAAUAUUUGAUUUCACCUUGCUUUCGGGAUGGGUUGUAGCUGUUUUUGGAUUAUUUCCAAGUCCCCUGUUGCACAACCCUAUCCCUCAGCUCAACAUCCUCCCCACUUCCCUGCACACCCCUGGGAAUGCCAGCAAAGGUUAGAUUUUUUUUUAAUUGCAACCAUUUGCAACAUAUUCUGAGCACAGGAGCCUUGGAAAGAGAAUCUAAUUGGGAGGGGAGGGGAAUGAAUGUCGAAAGACUGCAUAUAUUUUGUAUUUCUAUGUAUUGUCUGUUUUAAAAAAAAAAGAUAAAUAAAGCUAAAUUUUAACCUUG